UUUCAACACUACUAUAUAACAAAUAAUUUGAGGAAAUGCCUCGUCUGUACAUAGCCGGAUUAGGUCCAGACCCGGACCGCCGGAAAGUGGAGAAAGAGUUCCAGUACUACGGAGAACUGGACGAAGUGUGGCUCUCAAAACGGCCCUUUGGAUACGCUUUCAUUGAGUUCAUACGCAGUAGAGAUGCGGAGGAAGCAAUAAACAAGAUGCACGGCACGAAGAUAGACGGAUACCGUGUUGAGGUUGAGUGGGCUAAGAGACCCAGGCGGGAGAUACCCUCUUACGCUCGUGGUUCCGACUCACGUGGUGAGCGGGGGGACCGAGGUGACCGAGUGUCAAGGGGCUCUGAUUCUAGAGGUUCCAGAAGUAGUUACAGAGGACCCAAUAUGGACGACAUCAAGUGCUACCAGUGCAACAGAUACGGUCACUACGCCAGGGACUGUCGCGAAGGAGGUGGUCGCAGACAUAUGGAUGACGUAAAGUGUUACCAGUGUGAUAAAUACGGCCACUUUGCCAGAGACUGUCGCGGCAGGUCACGAUCUCCCCGAAGGAGCAAAUACUCGCGCUCCUCCUCGAGAAGCAGGAGCAGCAGCCGUAGCAGGAGUAGAAGCAAGAGCAGGAGCAGGAGCAGGUCCAGGAGCAGGAGCAGAUCUCACAAGAGAUCCAGGAGUGGGUCCAGGAGCCGCAGCCGCACUCCUAAGAAGAGCAAGCGAUCUAGGUCCAGGAGUAGAAGCCGAUCCAAGUCUAAGUCCCGAUCCAGAUCCCGUGGUGCAAGAGAUCGUUCCAAGUCCAAAUCAAAGUCUAAGUCCAGGUCAAAGUCCAAAUCCAAGUCCAAGUCGAGGUCAAAGUCUCGGGGAAAGAGUGUGUCUAAGUCCAAGUCCAGGUCCAAGUCUCGUGAAUAAUGCACGGCCUGAUUUCAUGUAAUACUACUGAGCUCAGUGAUGUGGCAGCUUCUUUAUUGUCAACAUGAAAAUGACAUCAUGCUUUAGAAUAAUAUAUUUAUGACUUUUUUCGCUGUAAUAACAUUGACUAUGAAUAAUAUCUGUAUUAUUUUUCGAACAAGUACGAUAUCAAGGAAAGGUUUCUUAAUAGUGUCAUGAACUGCUUUGAUUAUUAGCUUCUUCGCAGAACGAUUUAAUCUUUUUUUUCUCAAUUUUGAACAGCAUUUUCAAAACGCUCUCCAUACUGACAAAUUUAAUUAUAUAAACUUUCAAUCGUUUUGAACUUAUAAAGAGAGGACGUUGAAUUGAAUAUAUUUUUAAGUAUACAUUUAUCCAAGUAUCAAAGAUCAUUUUUACAUCUGAUAA